CAAUCCCACUAAUCAAACCCACAGAAACACCCACCACAUUUCUUUCCACACACAAAAAAACACACCCAAAACACCAGAUUCAUCAUCAUCAAUCAAAAACCCUAAACCAAAACAAAAAUCACAAAAAAAAAUGCCUUCCGAUCAUCCGAAUUCCUCCCUCCUCCUCCAACGCAUCAACACCACCACCCCUUCCACCACCACAUGUAAACAACAACAACAAUCCUAUUCCUACCGCCUCCCCACCGCGGCGAAGCACGUCCCCGACCACGUGGCGCGCUACCACACCCACGCGGUGGGGCCCAACCAGUGCUUCUCCGCGGUGAGCCAGCGCAUCGCCGCCCCCGCCUCGACCGCGUGGUCGGUGCUGCGGCGCUUCGACAACCCGCAGGCCUACAAGCACUUCGUCAAGAGCUGCCACGUGGUCGUCGGGGACGGCGACGUCGGCACCCUCCGCGAGGUCCGCGUCGUCUCCGGGCUGCCCGCGGUCAGCAGCACGGAGCGGCUCGAGAUCCUCGACGACGAGCGCCACGUCAUCAGCUUCAGCGUCGUCGGCGGGGACCACCGCCUCGCCAAUUACAGAUCCGUCACCACCAUCCACGCCGCCGCCGGGGGAGGAGGAUCCGUGGUGGUGGAGUCGUACGUCGUCGACGUGCCUCAAGGUAACACUAAGGAGGAAACGUGCGUUUUUGUGGACACCAUUGUUAGAUGCAAUCUGCAGUCGUUAGCUCAGAUCGCUGAGAAUAUUGCCUCACCUAAAUGAAUUUUUUUUUAAAGAAAAAAAAUAAUGAUGAGGAAGAAAAAAACAAAGUUCGAUUGUGGAUUCGUAUUGUGAAUUUCGGAGGUUUGUUUUUUUAUUAUACGGAUCAUGUGAUAUGGAAUAUUUCUGAUUUCAUGAUCU